AUGUUGUUCGAAGCCGACGAAAUAAGCGAGCGUCGAAAGAUUCCCGACUUUAAGGAGUCAUACGAGAUCGGCCGUGAAGAUGACGAUCAUCUACCCAACAUUUGGAUCCCUGAAAGUUCGUUGCCCGGCUUCCGCUCCUUUUUCAACGAGUUCUACGGGGUCUGCUACGAACUCGAACUUCGCUUGCUCCGCGGCAUGGCUCUCGGCAUGGGUCUGGACGGGGGUUACUUCCAGGGGUACCAUGUCAACAAGGACAACCAAAUACGGCUUCUGCAUUAUCCACCGGUCAAUGAGCAGCAGCUGCUCAUCGGAAAAGUCGAGCGGCUUGGUGCGCAUACUGAUUUCGGCUCCAUGACGCUUCUUUUCCAGGACGAGGUCGGAGGACUGGAAGUUGAAGACCCUAACAAGGCUGGCUUCUUUAAGCCAGUACCGUACAUCCCUGGGACGAUCGUGGUGAACAUUGGCGACUUCAUGCAGCGAUGGAGCAACAACACUAUACGGUCGACAAUGCAUCGCGUACAGGCACCUCCAUUGAAGGACAACGACAGCGGCGAUCGCGUUACUCGGGCGCGAUUUUCGAUACCGUAUUUCAUUGGUGCAGAUCAAGAGAAGACAGUUGACUGCAUCCCUGGGUGCUUCGGACCAGACAGGCCGAAAAUUUGGCACUGCCGGCAGAUAGUCAAGACUCUUCCGCGAUGCGGUGAGAACAACGAGGGUAGCGCCGAGCGUUAUCCGCUGUGGGGAGCUUCUGUGGCUUCCUCAUAUAGGAGGGACAGGGACCAGGGAAUAUUCCUCGUGGCCCGUGGGAACACAAUGUGUCCCGAACAAGACGACGACCAGGCGAACGUGGAAGCCCAGCAGGAGCAGCAGGAAACGACAACGGCAGCAGCUGGUAUCCUUCCGGCUGAACACUGGGUACAAGCGGCACGAGAAGCUGCUGAGGACGAAGACAACGACUCAGCUUUAGGUGAAGAGAAUGCCAGCUCAACGGCAUCCAUCACGUCUACCAUUCUCGAAUAUAGGAAGAUUCAUGGACGGACGUUUCACGGCGAGGUCGGAAAUGCCCAAUACUGGGGGAGCAACGAUGAGCAGCAGAAUGAAUGUUGGGAUAUCAAGUAUUUGGGCCAUUAUAGCGAGAUCGAGGACUGCACUCGUGAGUGGACCUUUGCUCCAGAAUCUUUCGACUACAUCCACAUCCGUUUCCUUGUCGGAAGUAUCGAGGACUGGCCGGCACUGUUCAAGCAGGCCUACAAAACUUUGAAGCCCGGUGGUUACCUUGAGAGCUUCGAAGUUUCACCUGCUAUUUUGAGUGACGACGACACUGUCCCAGAGACCAGUGCACUGGGCCAGUGGGGAAAGUUUUUCGAGGAGGGUGGUCGGAAAAUGGGCCGCACAUUCCGUGUUCUCGAUGAGAAUCUUCAGAAGACCUCGAUGGAAGAAGCUGGUUUUGAGGAAAUCACUGAGUGGAACAACAAGGCACCCAUCGGCGUCUGGCCUAAGGAUCCUGUCAAAAGGGAGAUAGGCGAGUGGGCGCAGUUGACACUCCUAUCCGAUAUUGAGGGCUACGUCCUCUUCAUGGCUAACGUCAUGUCUACUUGGUCCAGGGAGGAGAUUCACGUCUAUGCUGCACAGCUCCGACGUGAGAUCCGGUCGGGUCACACUGUUUGCUUCAGCGUUUGA